AUGGGCCACCAAGGAGCUUUGUCCUACGUACUCCUGCUGCUGAUCAUCAGUAUCCUGGCAGAUGCAUUUUCUGUUACUGCACGAAAGCUCCAGCGACAGCAUACACUGUUUGGUAAAUGCACAGCAAAAGAUUUACUUAGAGGGGAGGGCCCAAGUCCUUUCAGUUUCCUUCAAGAGGAAACAGCGACACCGGCGUCGGAUGAGGAGUGCAUGCAGCUGCUGUUAGAGCAGGACAGCCUCUUUUCAUCUGGUCUGACCAAUGUGACGACUGAGGAGGGGGAAAAGAGCGAGCACAUCACAGAUUCCUCCACUACAGAGGAGGCCGUUGCCGUGGCGACAGAACUCCUUCAAAGGGAACGCUCAGAUGGAGUUGCCGUUGAACUGGAAAGCCUCAAGAGAAGCAUUUCGCUGUUCAGCAAUGCAGCAAAAGACUCGACUGUCGUCGUUCUAGGGCUAGGGCUUCAAGUUUAUUCUCUUGCGAAGAUGGCGAAAAGUGUUAUUGUAGUCGAGUUUGACUACAAUAUCUGCAGGGAAUUUCUUAAUUCUAAAGCAGGUGGAUGCGCCAUGCAGCAAAAUGUGCACAUUUACUGCCCGUAUCCCGCCUCCAACUCGAACAGUGACACCGAGGCAAACAAAACGCAGAAGUACUUCAAAGCUGCUGAGGAUCUUAUUGGUGAUCUCAUGAAGCAACAGUUUGGGGAUGUGCCUGCCAGCGCGUUGGCCAUCUUGGGGAGUUUCCCUGUGGCGAAGUUGAUGUUGAUGGAAAGGUUCAUGGACCAGUCCAGUGUUAUCCUAAUGCGCAGCCGAGUGACUGCUGAAGGCCUAAGCGCCAUAUCCGGCUUCUUUAGGGCCCUCGCCGUUUUUGAGCCAGACUAUCGCUCGUCUUCGCAUUCUACAAAAACCCUCAUGUUGCUACAAAGGCUGUUUACCCCACCAGCGCACGGAGAUAAAUGGACAGAGUUCACAACACGAGAGUGGGAGCUGCGGGAUAGCACAGCGCCUCUAACGCUUUGGAGCACAGUCCGGGAGGCGAUUCAGCCGAUUGCCGCCGAUGAAAGCAUCAGUUUUUGGCAACGCGAAGCCCUACUGAACUACUUGGAAGUGUUCGCGCAUGCAGUCAGAAUAGGUUCUGACAAGGACUGGGAGGAUAUCACAUCCGAUUUAGAGGCAAUUCUUUAUGUUGUUGGCGAUGGGGAGAAGGCUGACAUUGUGAUAGGAAAGGCGAGUGCUUUUGCUCUUCGUUUGGCAUGGAAAGUUGCCAAUAUGUCGGGGCUACAGGAGUACUUUCAACUCCUGCUGGGUGCCCUGUCGCAGAUUUACAGCGAGGACAAACCUUUAAUCCACGCAGUAAUUUGCAAAUUAGUUUCUGGUACAGGACGUCUCAUCGCAUCGCCGAAUAUUUUGGACAAAGUGAAGGAUGCAAUCGAAGAAACUUGUGAGUUAGCUGAGAAGAGCUCCAUACUUUUCCUGGUGGCCUUGCGCCUAAUAUAUGUAGGGAUGACCCGUGAGGAGGGUAUGGUUGAGUGCCUGCGGAUCCUCGUGAAGCUAAAGGAAGAUGCCCCGGUCGUUGAUACCUGGGCGCUCGUGGGAGGGGUGGGAAACACUGCGUUGGCUGGCAUUCACUCCAUUAUCGGCGUCGCUGCCCGUAUAAAGUGGCGGCCUGUAAUGAACGAUUAA